GAAAUGUCCUUGUGGUUUGAGGGUCCAAUUGCGUAGUUUUACCUGCGCUAGAUGUUCUAGUGAGUAAACUUUGGAGAAUUAGCGGGUUGGCACUUCCUCUAUCAAUAGUGUUUCUCCCCCUCUUGGAAGUAAAACAUCAACAACAUCAACAACACCGCACAACAAAAUACAACCAUCAACGACACAUCCAUCUCAGCUCUCCAACGUUCCAUCAAUAUAUCCACCACAAGAAUUCCACAGAGAAUACCCAUACCACAUACGUCCCAAAACUUCAUAGUAUAUAUCUCUUUUCUUUCCAAUGUCUGAACAUAACAUACACGAGACCGGCAACAGUGCCAACAACCAACAACAACUCCAGCAUACUGGCACCGGACGACGGGAUCAACUUAACCAACUAAAUGAACGACUUGCUACAGCGUACGACUAUAUCCACGCCAACAGUAGAGCACAAGAAUCUUUUGCCAUUCCACCCCCUCCCAGUCAUCAGUCCAAUCGUGGCCCGUUCGACGCCAUUAACAACGCUCUCAAUCGUCAUCGACGAGAAAUGAACGGUAGACACAUGGCUCCAAACAAUGAUCAACACGGAUUUCAAGCAACUCCUGCUAGUGUUAGUCAUCCGCAGUCUCAAAUGUCUGUGUUUGAUACUCAAUACCCAUAUGGAGAAGCUCCCAUCAGUCUCACCGAGUCCUCUCAACUCCCUAUCCAUGAUAUGAUCAAUGGCGAGUACACUGUCAACCCACAAAUGCUUGCUCAAACCCCAAUUGAGGAACUUCUCAUCAGCAACGAUCAACAACUGUCUCAACCUUUCCAUCACGAGCACACUAUCAAUCCACAAAUGCUUGUCAAUGACCAAGUUGACGGAGCUCCCGUCAGCUUCGCUCAGUCCUCUCAGUUACCUGUCCAUCAAAUCAACAAUAGCGAGUACACUGUCAAUCCACAAAUGCUUGCCCACAAUCAAGUUGUGGGAACUCCCAUCGACCAUGGUCAACAAUCUCAGUCUAUUGAUUAUGCAGACGGUGUUGGAUACCUUAACAACCCACAUAUGUUUGCCCAUCUCCAAGCUGAGGGAACUCCUAUCAAUUAUAGCCAGCAAUCGCAACUGACUAUCAAUGGUAAUCAACACCAGGCGUUAGAUUUCUCGCAUGAUUUCGGUGGUCAUCAGCAGUUUCAAAUGUCUACCGACUACACAGACAGUGUUGGAUAUCUUAAUGACCCACAGAUGUUUGCUCAGAACCAAAUUGAGAGAACUCCUAUCAAUCAUGGCCAACAAUCUCAACUGCCUAUCUAUGGUAAUCAACACCAAGCACACGAUUUCUCGCAUAAUUUCGGGCAACAGCAGACUCAAAUCCAGGACCAGCAUGCAAAUGAUAUAGGACAUUCCCUCGGCCAACAAGCAUCUGUUGAUUAUCCAUUUCAAAAUGGUUCAAUCAAUUUUGAUCAGCCAUUAUCAGUCCCAAUUCAUGCCACAAAUAACAACGGACACGAUAUCAGCCAACGAGUACCUGCUCAUUUCCAAGUUGCAGGAACUCUUGCUCAUUCCGGUCAACAACCACCUCAAAUGCCUGUCAAUCAGACAAAUUUUAAUGGUGUUAACAACAACCGACAAUCAAUUCAAGCAAUUACUACUACUCGCAUAUCAUCAUUUGCUAAUCUCUCUGCGGAAGAUCAAAAUGCGGAGUUUAGACACUUCUUUCAACAACGUCUUACACAAGGAGAUACCACACGAAUGGAGUUCGCAACAUUCAAAUCCUGGUAUAUAGGGGAGCAGUUGGAUGGCAAAAGCAAACCGACAUUGGCAUAUGGAGUUGCCCCUCUCCACAAAGCUCUUCGCUUUGCUAGUAAUGUACCAAAGCAUCAGCCUAUGAUACCACCAGAUGAUCAAGAACACAUCCAGCCGUCUACCAUAAUCUAUCAGGGUACAGGGAGAGAAUUGACCACUGGGUUUCAGUAUACGAUGGGCCCUCUACCAACUUUGAAUAAAAAAUCAAUGCGACCAAACAGCGAGCAGUAUCUCCAAAAACCCCGAAAGAGCACCAAAUCGAAUGUACCAGCAAGAAGAGCUUCAAAGGCUGUUGCAUCCGCGGGCCAAUCCCCUUUGCCGGUUUCCUUGCCAUCUAUGGUACAGCCAGUUCUUUCAUCAACCGCAAGAGCUCCAGCUCCAGCUCCUACUCCAUCGGCUGUAGCAACACCAGCUCUUCCAUCAACCGCAAGAGCUCCAGCUCCAGCUCCUAUUUCAUCGGCCGUGGCAAUACCAGCUCUUCCAUCAACUGCAAGAGCUCCAGCUCCAGAUCCUACUCUAUCAGCUGUAGCAAUACCAACUCUUCCAUCAACCGUAAGAACUCCAGCUCCAGUUUCUAAUCCAUCUGCUAUAACAAUACCAGCUCUUCCAUCGACCACAAAAGCUCCAACUCCAACUCCUACUCUAUCGACUAUAACAAUACCAACUCUUCCAUCAACCACAAAAACUCCAACUCCAGAUCCUACUCCAUCAGCUAUAGAAAUACUAGCUUUUCCAUCGACCGUAAAAGCUCCAGCUUCAGCUCCUACUCUAUCGACUAUAACAAUACCAGCUCUUCCAUCAACCACAAGAGCUCAAGCUCCUACUCAAUUGGCUACGGCAAACAGAAGAGAUCAAAGACUACAAAGUGGAAAUCCGCAACAAACGGGGAUCAUAACGAGCGCCAAAGGGAAAGAGGUCUCACGAGAGCAAAGGAAUGAGGCUACUUCAGCAGCCCAGCCAACGAUCAUCCGGGCUGAUCAAAUCCGUAGUCUUGCUGGCAAAUAUACCAUCUCCCUUUCGAAUUUGCCUGAAAUUAUUCAUUAUGACGAGGCUUUUGAGGACGACAUAUUUCACGCAUUAGACGCCGCAAUUUCAGCUAUUGAUACGAAAAUCGCAGAAGGAGCAGGUAAAGCGGAAAUGCCCAGGAAUAAUGAAAGUCGAACUAUGGUGGAAAUGGCCUUACCAGCAAUACUCCAGAAGUCCAUCGCUCGUCUGUCACUGGAAAAUCCGUCGGACGCACGAAAGAGUUUUGAAAACUAUGCAGGAAAUAUUGGCAAUUCCUCGGGAAAUUCGCUGCCAUUCGCUCCAGAAUCGCAAUUCGUCAAAGAAGAAACUAAAGUUGUGGACGGGACAAAGCAGACAGUUCGAUUAGUCAAUGAUGGUGUCCCAGCGUGCGCAACGCAUACGUUCAGGUUGGAUAAAAUCGAGUGUGGUCUCGAUGGAAUAGAGGUGAAGGGAAGUUACUCAAUGUAUACGAAAACGACCUUUACCAACGCAACCACUCCCUUAAAGUAUGCGAUCGGGCUCGAAAUUCAGGUUGCAGAAAUUGGCAAUAACCGCGUUAGAGGCGGCCUACUCAAUUAUGAGAGACCUCUACCAUCGAAUCCUGCAGGGGUGCCUCGUUGGGCGGAUAUUCUCGACCUUUUCAAAUUGCAAGCUGCGGAGUGGGGUUUGAACACCAGGAUUCAGGGUCUACCUACAUCUCAAACGUCAACGUCGACCUCACUAUCGAACAAACAGCAAAAUGACACAAAGAGAAGUGAGGCAAAGGAAAGUGACAUAGAGCAACAGAUGCCGUUUUCGAGACUGGUACAAGGACAAGGAGCAAAAGCUGGGCAGCCGCAGCAGCAAAAAGGUCGUGGAGAUAAGCGCAAGCGCCAACAUCAACCAGAGCUUCAUGCUUCCCCAAUUAUAUCCACGUCCAGCUCCGGGGAUUCCAGUCCUUCAAGCAAUAGCAGCAGUCAAAUCUCUAACGCCACUACUGGUACGAUGAGUGUCUCUCCACGAAAAGUAGCUGAAUUUUCUCGAUUAGCAGACAAUCCACCGCCCCCGAAACGACCAAAAAAUGGAUAUCGAGUGGGAUCGCUAAAGAGAGGAACCAGUAUGAUGGAUGCUUCGUCUUUGAUGGGGCAACCACCCAUGAACAGAAUUUCUCAGAAUGACCACAUGCAUCCUGCACGUUCUCUUUCCGAAAGCGUGCGAUCGCCAAUUGCAACUGCAAAUGCAACUGCAGCUGAAAAUCUCAUGCCUACGCAGGUGACACCUCUAGAUUCUGGAAUGGAUGCAUUUCAGCUUCAUAAGCUGGCAAUGCUACAAUACGUUAACAAUCCCAGACCUUACGAAUACCCUACUUCCGAAUCCCCACAGCCGUCACGCACAUUGUCAACUCGAAGUGACAUACCUACACAGAUACAAGCUCGACUUUUGAGACCACCCACAGAGGCAGAACUCGCUCCUCAUAGAGAGCAAGUGUUAAGCGUCUGGAAGUCAUCUUUUCCAAAAGAAAAGAAAUCCUCAUAAAGUCAACGAAUACACAUGUUCAAUGGCUAGGAUUGACUUGAGCUAGCAUUUUGUAUUUUAAGUAUGUUGUUUUGGGUAUAAUAUGCCGGGGAUACAUGGUUUUGCGAUGUAGCGCCCUGUGACAAAUAUUGAUAGAUUUCGAUUAUGUUCCUAGAAUUUGGUUGGAGGUGGGAACAAGGAAAGAGGAGAGGAGUUUAUGUUAUUGUUGUAGAAGUGGAGUAGUAUCACAAAUUGGAGACUUACAAAUAAAGUUGUAAUUUCACGCCAGUGACA